AUCUGAUUGUGUUCCGUUUCUUCGUCGAGUUCCAAAUGUGUAUGAAUAACUCGAACUCGAACAACUCAACCCGCCUUUGAAAUCAAGUCAUAAUUCCUUCCCAGCCUUGUUGGCUAAUAAUGACAAUCGAGUGUCUUUAGAAACGAUGCUCUUGUUUACUUGUUGAACCAUUGUAAUUCUUCAACACAAUGAAUUAUACCUGUCUUUUAUAGCGCUGUCUCCCAUAUCAAGUUCUACUUUCUUCAUACUGCAUCGAGUACGAUUCGCUCCCAUACACUUCCAAUAUCCCGAGUUCUCAACAUACCGACGUUAAGUACUCAGCUAAGCACUCAGUAUACUACACAAAUUUCGGGGUGCGAUUACAUCUGCAUCCGACCCUAUAUCCCGAGGUAACGACUUACUGCCGACAUGAUCCCUUCCGUUACCUCGCAGGCCACACAGGUGGCUUUGCUAGAAUGGGCCAAUUCGAUGCUCGCAAAGCUACUGCCUGGCCAGAAUCGAGACAUCAAAAUCAAGAAACCCGAUGAUCUUUUCGACGGUGCUGUUUUCUCCGCGCUGCUCGAAAUUCUAGACGAUGAAUACAACCCCUCGAGAUUCCAACAAAGCCUCGCCGCCACACCGACCGAUAGCGAUAUGACCCAGGGCAGAAAGCGAUACCUCCAUAUCAUCCACUUGGGUCUCAAAGACAUCGCGCGACGACAUGCCCCCAAGAUCGAGCCCCUUAUCGACUUGGUCGAUUUUCAGGCACUGGCUUGGGAACCUACCAAAAUAGACAUGUUCGAGAUUUUGGUCCUCUUCGUAUGUGCUGCUUGCUUACGUGAGGACGACAACAGUCGGUACAUCACAUUAGUUACGCAGCUAGACGAAAGGGUGCAACAGGGAAUUUUCCGGAUUAUCAGCGAGAGCAAAACUAAGCUUGACCAGCUCGAGGAGGCCGCAGAUGAUGAUAUUGAUGCGAACCUCGAUGAUCUUGCGCAUGAAGCCGCCUUGGUGAACCAACACCAGAAAUUACAAGAAGAUGUGCAGGAGGCAACCAGACAAGCGAGUCUCUUAAAGGUACGAUUAGACCGUCUUCAGGAUAACUAUGACGAGCUUCUAGAAAAGCAUUCGAAACUCCAAGAAGAAAAUGAGCAUCUACAUAGGCAGAUCGACUCGGAAGUUAGCAACUUUAACAAGCACCAUAUCCAGCGCCAACUGAAAGAGAACGAGUCAAUCAUCGCAAACUUGGAGAAUGAGAGGAACUUUCUGGUCGAAGAAAGGGAUCGACUUUUGAAGGAGAGAGCUCGCCUGGAGCAAGUGGCACAUAAAGCAGAGGCAUUAGCCGACGAGAACCAAGAACUCCGCUCUAAAAACGAGGAUCUUUCUAAAAAAGCUAACAUGGCCGACAAUUUAAGGAAGAAGUUAGAGUCGAUGAAGUCAGUAGAGACGGAGCUCAAAACACUUCAUAACGAACGCGUUGACGCAGCUAAGCUCUUAGAGCAACUUGAAAUCUCUACGCUAAGGAUAGAGGUCUACAAGAAAGAAGCGGAAAAAUAUGCCGAGCAAUUCCAGAAGUAUGAAGAAGAAGUCGCUAGUUUCGGAGACCAGAAGAUUAUGUACACAUCGGAGAUUAACGAGCUGAGAGGGCGCAUCGAGGGUUUGCAGGCUCGAAGCCAGACGGAUGAGGCCAUCGUUAAAGAUCUGCAGGAGAAGGUAAUGAUGCUCGACCCCACGGCCGCUCCGAGUACCCCCUCGGGGCACCCUCCAACCUCCCUUGAAGACGAGCUGAACGAAUCUGGCAAUGCCGUGUCGAUGAGGAACAUCGAAAUCCAGCGUCUCCAAGCGGAGAAUGCUGUUCUUAGGAGUAGCAUAGGUACAGAAACAGAAAAAGGUCAACUCAUCCAGGAGAUGGAAGAUCUUCGUACUGCUCGACAAGCCCUGCAGGACAAGUAUAACGACAUUUUCGAGAAGUAUACCGUUGGUCAACACCAGCUGGAUGCAAUUAUCCAGAACAUGGGUAAAGAUGGGUUAGUUCAGGCUCUUCAAGCUUGUUAUAAACUCGCAUCGAACACAACGUGGCUGAUGUCCAACUACUUCAGAGACGAAGCGUAUUCCAACCUCCGGACGCAGGUCCUCGCCGAGCAGAACCGUUCCAAGCAACUCGAGCGACAACUAGAAUCUACGAACCAGAAACUUGCUGACAAAGAGCGAGCUCUCUUAGAGUUGCAAGGUGAUUUUAACGCUGUCGAGAAGUCUAGUCAAGAGGCACUCGCAGAGCUUAAGAGAACCGAUGGCAUGCUUGCUAUUUCCCUACGCGCCGAGCUCGAAGCGGAAAGAAAUAAGCACAAGUCGCUAAGAGAGGAGUUCGAAAACCAGCGGUCGCAACUCUUGACGGCAUUCAUCGAGAAAGACCAGCUGCGACGCGAAGCCGAAGUAGCUAACCGUGAGAUGCAGAGGGCCGCAGACGGGCUCUCCGUCAACACGGAUAGUGCCAAGCAAUCCGAGAAAAUGGAGAAGCUGCGGACACGAUACAAGCAGCUACAACAGCAGUAUGAGCAGUCCGAUGUCAAGAAUCGUGAGUUAGAGCGGACACUGAAGGCUGUCCGUGCUGGAUCGGAAGUUGGUGUUCAGAAGGCACGAACCGACCAGAUCAUCAAAAACUUGCAACGCGAAAACGCGAUGAUAUCUACCGCAUGGUAUGAUCUCACCAGCAGGCUACAGAGUACCCACGUCGUACUGCAGCGGCGACAAGAGGUUCCCCGGAGCUGGCUGAAUAAACAGAGGCAGAUGGUGAAUGCUACGCCUCGGAAGUAGGAUCCCAGUGCGUGACACAUGCCGCUUUCUAUGGACUUAUGACGCCCAAGAUUGACCUUUUCUUUCUUUUGAAGUUGCUGGUAGAGCCGAAUAUGCCGAUGUUGCCUUUGGACGUGCGUGGUGGGGGUCUGUUCUUCUUGUCCUCUUCCGCCUACAUGUUGAGCUCUUUUCAGUCUGUCUUACAACGCAGCGACUAUCGUUAUAUUACCCCUUUCCUCCACCACUUCUCAGAACAGCAUUUCUUUUUAUAUUGGCAUGUAUAGUCACGGCAAUGGGUGGGUGUCCUUGAUGAUCGACCGGGCAUGCGGCAUAUAUGUCUUUUCGUGCGUACCUAGAUUAUACCCACUUUAUUAUAGGUACCUUUGGCGGAGGACGCAUUCGAGAGAGGGAAGUCUAUAAUGGUCCAUGGACUAGGGCCACGAUGUCUUGAAUAUGGAAUUUGGUAUUGUUGAUGACGCAAGUUCGUACAUCGGCCUCAAUAAAUAAAUAUAUGUUAAGUUACGCAUUUAAAUUGGCUACCUUGUUUGUCCGUAGUAGCAGCCCGGCAAGGUGUAAAGAAGGUCAUACCGCGCUACGGACACAGAUCAUGGUCUAAGUAUAAACCAUAAGGACCAGGGACUCAACUAGUGGCAAUAAAAUGAAAUAUAUAAA